GCUGAAGGGGAACAUGGCAGCUGGUGUUAGUGUGAAACAUGGAUUAUUAUACAGCAAAGCCCGGCUGGUUUAUGGUCUUCAGAGGAAAAUAUCACCUUACAGUGUUUGUAUCCAGCGAGUAGCCGAAAUACAGAGUGUGAGGGCAUCAACCAGCACGACGGGAGACUCAGAACACACUGAAAAGUACUGCCUGGAUCUGGUUAGGUCCAGAGACUAUGAUGGUUUCCUGUCCUCUCUCCUCCUCCCAGAGAAGGCACGGCGCUCUUCUCUGGCUCUGAGGGCCUUUAAUGUGGAGCUGGCACAGGUGAAGGACUCUGUUUCCCAAAAGACCAUUGGUUUGAUGCGAAUGCAGUUUUGGAAGACGGCUAUAGAAGAAAUCUACAGAGAUGAGCCUCCGAACCAACCAGUUAGCACUGAGCUGUGGAGGGCAGUGAGGACACAUAAACUGACAAAGCGAUGGCUGCUGAGGAUCAUAACAGAGAGAGAAAGGGACUUGGAUGACAGAGCCUACAGGAACCUUCAGGAGCUGGAGGCGUAUUCAGAGAACACACAGUCAUCCUUGAUAUACCUCCUGCUGGAGUGUUUAGGUGUCAAAAAUGUCCAUGCAGACCACGCAGCGAGUCACAUCGGUAAAGCUCAGGGAAUCGUAACAUGUCUGAGAGCGACUCCUUAUCACAGCAGCCGACGGAAAGUCUACCUGCCCAUGGACAUCUGCAUGUUGCACGGAGCUUCUCAGGAGGAUUUCAUCCGCGGCAGCCGGGAGCAGAACAUUCGGGAUGUUGUGUAUGACAUCGCCAGUCAGGCUCACGUGCACCUGCAACAUGCACGAUCCUUUAGCCAUAAUGUUCCAGCAGCUGCCGCUCCAGCCUUCCUCCCCACUGUGGUGUUGGAGGACUAUCUUCACAGAGUGAGGAGGGCGGAUUUUGAUGUUUUCCACAAGAGUCUACAGAACAGAAAUCCCCUUCUCCCAAUCCAGCUGUACAUCCGCUCCUGGAAGAAGACUUAUUGACUUCAGUUCUCUUUUUCAUUCAGCCUUUUUAAGGACUGUUGCAGGAAAUGAAGUGCAGGGGAUUUAUCUCACCACUACCACCAAAAACCACAAACAUACCAGACCAAGUCUGUGGCUCCCACAACAGCUUUUGUCUUUGAAAUAUUUGUUUAAUCCACAAGUUCACUGGAGGUGUCCUGCCAUGCUGAUCAGAAAAUGCUUGUGUUUUAUUCACAAUGUAUGAAAACUUUGACCAGAUGUCUUCUCGUGGCUUACAGAAAAAUCCUGACUAAUUGAAAAUUGGGUCAUAUUGUUGUUGGUGUUUGUUUUUUUUUUUGUUUUUUUUCCUUCACUCGUUGUUUCUGUAAUAAACACAAACUUACAAGUUGAGACCUGUGGGAUGUUAGAAGUCACCUCUGCUGAGCUGGACUUGUACGUUGUUUGUAAUAACUCUCUUCCUACAGUAAAAUCUAUUUCUAUUUUUAGUCACACAUAAAAAAUUUUUGCAUCUAUGUAGCUUUUUAGUGUUAUUUCAAGGUGUCUAUUUGAUGAAUACGACGCUGCUACUGUGCUGUUGUUGUGGACACGUUCACUGAAACAUGACAUGCUGAGGCAUGACUUCAAGCUUUAGCUUCUGAGAUCUGAGGAAAUAGUGGGUGAUAAAACGGAGCAGUCAGGUGGGUUGGAAACAAACCUCUAGGUGAAUAUUUAAUAAAAACACUUUGAAAAAACUGUCUGCAGGUACUCUCAAACAUUAGUGACCAACAUCAUGCCUCCCCAGGAACACAAGACAUGUAGCAGACAUAUGGUGUUAAUUCUGUUGUGAGCUGUGCUACCGAUAUGAUUUCUACUGUAUGUGGAAUUGACAGGAGCCUGAGGGACAGACCUCGGGACGGUUACAUUAAUUAAAUAAAUAAAUAAAUAAAAGGAAA